CGGCGCCCUGUGACUCUCCCCUGUCCCCUGCCACCCUCUGAACCACUGGUCACCAUGGCUACUUCGAAGUUGCGGUCAGUGCCUAGGGAGGAGGAGACCACCAUCCUCAUGGCCAAAGAAGAGCUGGAGGCCCUCCGCACGGCCUUUGAGUCGGGGGACAUCCCCCAGGCCGCCUCCCGCCUCCGGGAGCUGCUGGCCUCCUCCGAGAGCACCCGCCUGGAGGUGGGUGUCACGGGCGAGUCGGGGGCUGGCAAGUCGUCCCUCAUCAAUGCCCUGCGUGGCCUCGGGGCCGAGGAUCCCGGCGCGGCUCUCACCGGCGUCGUGGAGACCACACUACAGCCCUCGCCCUACCCGCACCCACAGUUUUCCGACGUGACCUUGUGGGACCUGCCAGGGGCCGGCUCUCCGGGCUGCCCGGCCGACAAGUACCUCAAGCAGGUGGACUUCAGCCGCUAUGAUUUCUUCCUGCUGGUCUCCCCGCGCCGCUGCGGGGCGGUGGAGAGCCGUCUGGCCGCGGAAAUCCUGCGCCAGGGCAAGAAGUUCUAUUUUGUGCGCACCAAGGUGGACGAGGACCUGGCGGCCACGCGCACCCAGAGACCGUCGGGCUACAGCGAGCUCGCCGUCCUGCAGGAGAUCCGGGACCACUGUGCCGAGCGGCUGCGAGCGGCUGGCGUGUCCGACCCCCGCAUCUUCCUGGUGUCCAACCUCUCGCCCACCCGCUACGACUUUCCCGUGCUCGUGUCCACCUGGGAGCACGACCUGCCGGCCCACCGGCGCCACGCGUGCCUGCUGUCCCUGCCUGACAUCUCGCUGGAGGCCCUGCAGAAGAAGAAGGACAUGCUCCAGGAGCAGGUGCUCAAGACGGCCCUGGUGUCGGGCGUCAUCCAGGCCCUGCCCGUGCCCGGGCUGGCCGCCGCCUACGACGACGCCCUGCUGGUCCGCUCGCUGCGCGGCUACCACCGUAGCUUUGGCUUGGAUGACGACUCGCUGGCCAAGCUGGCCGAGCAGGUGGGCAAACAGGCAGGGGACCUGCGCUCGGUCAUCCGCUCCCCGCUGGCCAACGAGGUCUCUCCUGAGACCGUCCUGCGGCUCUAUUCCCAGUCGUCCUAUGGCGCCAUGCGGGUGGCCCGCGCCUUUGAGAAGGGCAUUCCUGUGUUCGGAACGCUGGUGGCUGGCGGCAUCAGCUUCGGCACCGUCUACACGAUGCUCCAGGGCUGCCUCAACGAGUUGGCCGAGGACGCCCAGCGUGUCCGCAUCAAGGCCCUGGAGGAGGAGGAGCCCCAGUCAGAGGACAGCCUGGAGGCGGCUGGUGACAAUGGCGUAGAAAAGCGGGGGUCCGGAGAAGGAGGUGGCGAGGAAGCCCCACUCUCAGCCCGCAGGAAGCUCGGCCUCCUCCUCAAGUACAUUCUCGACAGCUGGAAGAAGCGUGACUUAGAAGAGAAGUAAAAGUGCAGCCCUCACCCCUUGCCUCACCCACAAACCAAGCCUUAACAAAAUCAA